AUCCAAGGGGUCGGAGGCGCAGUCGAGACGAACUGGAUGUAAACAAACGACACGUGUUGUUAGCUUUUGGAUCCAUUUCCUGAAAUAAACAUUAUUUGUUUUCGUAUGUAUGUCAAGUAAAGAUGGAUAUCCAGCAAAAUGAAAGGAAGAGAGUCUUCAAUAAGAAAGAAUAUCGGCAGCAUCGAUACAAAUCAAAUUUUGGAAAUAAACAAGAAGGCCGUGGGAAGGCAUUCCUACAGAAGAAUGCAGUGGUAAGACAGUAUCAUUGGAUGCAAAAGAAGGAGGAGAAAAAACUGAAGAAAUUAGAAAAACAAAAACAUAUUGAAGAAGGCAACUCCAAUGAUGAAGCAGAGGAAACAGAGCCAUCUACAAGCAGUCAUUUGUCAACAGUAAAUUCUGAUGAGACAGAUGUAUUUUCAGAGCUGGGGAAACCAAAAAAGAAAAAGUUGUAUAGUUGGCAGCGUGCUAAACUUGAGUAUAAGAAGAAGGUGGCAGAAAGGGAGCAAAAGAAAGAAGAAGCUGUAAGAAGAAAAGAGGAAAUGCAAAUAGCAAGGAAGAAAUAUAAAGAAAAAAAGUUGCAUAGGUAUAAGAAGUUAAGCAAAAAGAAUAACAGAGGACAACCUCUCAUGAGUGGCAGAAUUGAGUUGAUGUUGGAAAAGUUAAUGGAAGAAAAGAACUCAAAAUGAUUUUUUUUUCUUUUGCUCGUGUUGUAUUGUAAUAUAUUUACCGAUUUUUUUUUUUAUUGCGUUUAAUUGUGAGAUCAUUUUACUAUGCAAAGUGCUUAUAAUGUAUGAAAAUAUUUUAGUGAAAACAAACUUAGAAUAAAUUAAUAGAAAAAAAAAGUUUGUGUAGUGGUUUAUUCUAACACAGGUAAUCCUGCAUGAAUUAAGUUGCAUGGAUAUUUUUAUAUGGCUAGAUUUGGUGGUAGAAUCUGAGCCUAUAAUGAUGUGCAUUCAGGUAAUAAAUACACUAUUUGGUCCCUCUCUUUUCUUUACAAUUCAUAUUUUGAGGAUUUUGAACUUGAUACAAAAAUUCAAAUUUCUUUUGUCAUCCAGAAAGUGUUAUAGAGGCUUUAUAUAUACGUACAUGAGUACUUUUAUGUUAAUCAAUGUUUAUGCAAUUAGGAUAGAAUGAAUAUUGUUAUUUUGAUUUUAUUAUUGAUGUAUAAUAAAAAUGAAUGCUUGGAAUAAUUCUCAAUCUUCCAGUAUGACGGAUCUUUCUUUCAUAUGUACUUAUCCAAAAUCAACUUAUUCAGUUUCUCUUAUACAUUGAUAAUUAAAGAACAAAAAAAAAUGCAGUUAAGUUGCCCUAUUCCUCCUCCUUGAAUGAAGAUUAUUGUACAAGGCUAAAGUUGGGGAUUCAGGAAUAAGAGAAAGGGAUGAAAUCACUGAAAAUCUUCAAUUAUUAGUUAUUUGGAUUAAUGCUUUCCAAAGGUAAAUCUGAAAAAAGGAAAUUAAUCAUUAAAAGAUUACAAAUGCAAACAUAACUUUUGGAGCAUUAUAUUGUUUUAAGUUUAUAGUAUUAAAUUGUUUUCACCUUAUUUCAGUUAAUUUCACAUCAGUUUUUGUUAUAUUAACUGUAAACACUAUGGGAAAUAGAUAAUUAGUUAUUUAUUACCUUUUCAAGUUCAAGGUAUUUAGGUGUUCAUGCAGUUGAUAACAAGAAUGAUUUCUCCAAACAAGCAAAGUUUGUGCAUGAGGAUAUGGUGUUUUAAAUAUUUAGUAUAAGGUUCCAACCUUACAGGCCAUGAGAUACUGUGUGUGGGACUAUGAAGUAAUUUGUUUUAUUUCUAUGCUUUUUUUCAAUGGCCUGCAGUAUGUAGAUAUAUUAUCUGUCCCAUACCAUUGAAUUGAAAUAAAUCUGUGUAGUGCUAAAGCUGUUUGUGAAAGAUUACAUUGCAGGGGGCCAUGGAGAUUAUUAUAUAUUGGUCAGAGACCAAAAAAAAGAAAAGAGAUUGGUAACUGCAGAUUAUUUUCUUUCACAUGGAAAGAAAAAAUUACGAAGUCCAUUUGACUGAAUGUACUAUUGUAUAUUAAAAUAUGUGACUGCCAA